GGGAGACCAGAUAUAGUGAAUGCGGGGUCCGGGGAGACCAGAUACAGUGAAUGCAGGGAGACCAGAUAUAGUGAAUGCGGGGUCCGGGGAGACCAGAUAUAGUGAAUGCGGGGUCCGGGGAGACCAGAUACAGUGAAUGCAGGGUCCGGGGGAGACCAGAUACAGUGAAUGCGGGGUCCGGGGAGACCAGAUAUAGUGAAUGCGGGGUCCGGGGAGACCAGAUAUAGUGAAUGCGGGGUCCGGGAGACCAGAUAUAGUGAAUGCAGGGUCCGGGGAGACCAGAUAUAGUGAAUGCAGGGUCCGGGGAGACCAGAUACAGUGAAUGCGGGGUCCGGGGAGACCAGAUACAGUGAAUGCGGGGUCCGGGGAGA